GCGCUGCUGAUUGGCGGCCGGCGGGCUGGGGCGGCGCGGGGCAGCAAUGGAGGGCGCGGUGUCCAAUGUGGCUGCGUGUAACCUGGCGUUCGCGGGGAGCCUCGAGGAGCUGCGGGCGCUGCUGCUCCGCGAUAGAGCCCAGGCCACGCGGGCCGACCAGGAUCACCGCACGGCGCUGCACUGGGCCUGCUCGGCGGGACACACGGACGUGGCUGAUCUCCUGCUCGGGCUCGGCGUGCCCGUGAAUGAUAAGGACGAUGCUGGUUGGACUCCCUUGCACAUUGCAGCUUCAGCGGGCCGGGAUGAAAUUGUGAAAGCCCUCAUUGCCAAGGGUGCUCAUGUAAAUGCUGUCAAUCAGAACGGCUGCACGCCCCUGCAUUAUGCAGCCUCCAAAAAUAAGCAGGAGAUUGCAAUCAUGCUCCUGGAGAACGGAGCAGAUCCGGAUGCAACAGAUCACUUUGAGUCCACCCCGUUACACAGAGCAGCAGCCAAAGGGAACCUGAAGAUGGUGCAGAUCCUUGUGCAGCACAAUGCAACAGUGGACAUACGGGACUCUGAAGGGAAUACGCCUCUUCAUUUAGCCUGCGAUGAAGAGAGAGUGGAGGAGGCAAAGCUGCUGGUGUCUCAUGGUGCAAGUAUUCACAUUGAGAAUAAAGAAGAGCUCACCCCACUGAAAGUGGCAAAGGGGGGCCUGGGAACCAUCCUGAAAAGAAUGGUGGAAGGCUAGAGGGGGCUUCCCACUUGAGUGUCUCUCCUGUUGCACUUCUAUUUAAGACUGCAAACUUCAGAUUCUGGUAGCUCAACUAGGAUGUCGUGUGUGGUAUCAGCGUGGUAAUGAAAUGUUUUUAUUGAAGCUGUCCUUCAAGUGCGGUGCCAAAACAACUCUUUGUACUUCCUGUUAAUUAAAUAGCUCGCUGAUUUUAAAGUAUUUUUCAAUAUCUUGCAGUUUUCUUUCAGUUUACAGUGUGACGUGUAUAAGUGUGGUAUUCCUUCCACUUCACAUCCCAGUUUAGAAUUAUUUGUUUCAAGAAGCAGGACCAAAAAUGUUUUAACCAUUUAGAGCCAAUUUUUAUUUUCUUCUAGAGUCUUUGUUUUUUCUCUUAGCCUUUGUGAUUUGUGUGUGGGGUUUUGUCUGUGUUUUGUGGGUACUGAUUGUCUUUCUCCAGAUGAUUCUAAGCUACUCCCAUAUGCAGCACUGACCAUCUGAUUUUCUAACAGAAGUCUGGUUUAAUCUUUAUUUAUUCUUAGCAAAUCCUGAUAUUAAGUUAUUACAAGGCAGAAUCUGAAUAGUGACCUCCUGUCCUGAUGUUGAUAAGAUCAUUUUUGACACCAGUGAAUACAUUUCCCCAUGAACAAAGGAUGAAAUUCUGUGAAAUAAAAAACUUUCCUAAACAACAAUCUUUGGUAUUAUAAAACUUUAUUAAACUUACAUGUAAUAAAACUGGUAUUUUGUAAA